AUGCCCUCUUACGCGAUGGAAGAUGGUGUAGCAGCUCAGUUGGAACGAACAGGAAGCAGUUCGGAGGUGUUCGCACGCCAACGACGUCUCAACCAAUUUUUGCUCGAUGUGGCUAAGAGUAUAUUCCAGGAUAUCGUCUCUAUGGAUACGGUCAUUAUCAAAGUUAUGAAUUUUGCUGCCAAACUAGUUGAUGCAGAUAGAGCGUCACUAUUUCUUGUUGACAGCCUCCAUUAUAGAUUCAGUAUGAGUCGGGGCAUAGCUGGCCAUGUAGCUUCUACAGGAGAGGGUUUGAAUAUUGAAGACGCCUAUGAGGACAGCAGAUUCAAUCCUGAAGUCGACUCCAAAACUGGUUACACAACAAAAACGAUACUUUGUAUGCCAAUAUUCAUUCGCGGCAGGUAAGC